UUCAUAUAGGUGCGCGGAGCCCCAGCCAGACGAGCCGAACGUGGUCGAACCGAAUGGAUCGGUUCAGGCGGCCCGUUUUAAUGCACUACAAUUAUGCAAGUAUAAUAGCUUGUACAAAUAUGCGUAAACCAACGUGGGCCACGUGUUCGUACGUGGAUCGGUGACGUGUAACCCGUAAAAGGGGGAAGCACAUUUAAACAGACAGUUACGACACCGUAAAUGUAUUCAUAACAUUGCAUAGAUGACUGUUACUCCCCCGAUCAGAGCGCCCACGAUCAGCGCGGCCACGAUCCUAAAAUUAAGCGGGUAAUGGAUAUGCGCCGUGAAAUAUGCGUCCACGAUAUUGGAUAUACGCUUGGUACAGGGAAAAAAAUCAUAAUCUUCCAGAAAAGUGGAGAGUACGCAUCAUUUGAUAGUCCGCUGCUGGGUGAAGGGCGAUUUUGAUCUGGAAGAUGGCGGCGCCAUGGGGAAACAAGACCAUAAGUGAGUAUGCGACGCCGACGUCUGUUCAUAGACAAAAUCAAUGCUUGGAUAUCGUAACAAUGGUGCAGGAAGAAGAACAAGGAGGGUACCAGUUAGCGUCAGAUGGAAUUACGCAUACAGAAUCAGCUACUGCUGUAGACGCAAUUACUCCACCAGCAGCUUUGAGGGCCCCAGGGGUUGAUGAACAGACCAUAUUUGAGGCAUCAAGGAUGACAGUAACUCAAGGAGGACAGCACCUUAAUACUAUGCGUACUAUUGGUGAUCAUGAACAGGACACACCAGUGAUUCUGCAGAGACAUGAAGUUACAAUUGAUCCGAGAUUAGUACCUAAAGUUGGUAUGACAUUCAGUGGGGUGGAUGAAGCAUAUAAAUUUUAUAGUAGGUAUGCAUAUGAAGUUGGAUUUCCAUUGAAAAAGUAUAGGGAACGGAAAAAUUGUAAGUGGUUGAAUUGCUCGAUGGAAGGCAAAAGAUCAGUAAGGGGAAUAUCAAACCCAAAGGUACGUAGUACCAGUUCGAAACGGACACAAUGCAAGGCCGGUAUGAAACUUAAAAAAAUUUAUGAUGAUGCAAAAGAGACAGUUAUAUCAGUGCGUAUUGAUCUGUUGCACUUGGAUCAUAAUCAUGAAUUUUUUAAAAAGGAUACCGAAAAGAAUCAAUUACAAUGCAACAAGACGCAUGAUCCUGAAUACAUGGAGUUCAUAAGUACAAUGCAAGAGAGUCGAAUCCCGCAACAUUGUAUUAUGGAUUAUGUAUCAGAAAUGCACGGUGGUCCUGAGAGUGUGCCUGUAACAGCACAGGACAUGUAUAACCUGAAAAAGGCAAAGCAACGAGAAAGAAAUGCAAAUGAUGUGGCAAAGCUACUAUCCUUUUUUGCAUCCUGCAAAAAGGAUAAUCCACAAUUUUUCUCUGACUUCCAAUUGGAUAAAGAAGGCAAGAUUUUAAGUAUAUUUUGGUCACAUGCAAGCCAGCAAGGGGAUUACAUUGAUUUUGGUGAUGCGGUUACAUUUGACACAACACAUAAGACUAAUCUGUAUGAAAAACCACUAGGUAUGUUUGUUGGUUCAAAUCACCACCUACAUUGCACUAUAUUUGCUUUCGCAUUGUUGGGGGAUGAAACUGUUGAUACAUUUGAAUGGGUAUUCAACGCCUUCAAAACAUGCAUGGGAACCGAAGGGCCACGAGUGAUGCUGACAGAUCAAGAUCCUGCAAUGCCAGUAGCCCUCGAGAGGGUUUUCCCACACACAAUACAUCGUUUAUGUCUAUGGCAUGUGCAAAAUAGGUAUAUGCCUUUUCUAAACGAGUUGUAUGCAAGAUUUGAGGAAAUGGACUUUAAGACACGGUUUCAAUCUAUAAUACAUCAUCCUUUGACUGAGUUGGAGUUUGAGACUGCAUGGUCAAUGCUACUUGAAGAUUUUGAUCUGCACGAUAACAGUACUCUGGAUAAGCUGUAUGGAAUACGUAAGGAUUGGGUGCCUGCUUUUUUUAAAAAUCAUUAUUGUGGUCUAAUGUUGUCUACACAGCGUAGCGAAAGCAUGAACAGGCUUGUCAAAAGUGCACAUGUUGAUGCAAAUACUCCGCUUCAUCAAUUCGCCAAGCAAAUGAUGAAACUUCUACACAGUAGAAAGAUGAAAGAGUCAAAAGAAGCAGUGGGAAGCAUGGUGAGGAUAAAAUUGUUAUGUCGUAUAUUGAUACUUUAA